AUGCCACCAAAGACAGGAAAAGGCCGCAAAGUCGUCUCAGAACCGCGAUCGCGCCCAAGUGCCAGCGACGGAGAAGCAGGCCUGUCAUCAGACCUGCAACAAACCGUGUCGCCAGCAAACAAAAAGAACCCCAAGGCUUCCACUUCCGGAGAAGCAAGAGAAGGCAAGCGACCAUCGGGAGUAACAAAGCCGCCAAAGACAGCAAAAACAUUAGACAUCCAACCCGGUGACCCAACCCCCCAAGGCCGUCCACGCCGUUACAAACCCGGAACCGUUGCUCUGAAAGAAAUCCGCAAAUACCAACGCUCCUUCGACCUCCUCAUCCAAAAGCUCCCCUUCGCGCGCCUCGUCCGUGAAGUCGCCCUGGAACUGCUCCCCGCAGACGUAGGCGAACAGCUCCGAUGGCAGUCGCAUGCGAUCCAAGCACUACAAGAAGCUGCAGAGGCGUUCCUCGUUCAUUUAUUCGAAGAUACUAAUUUGUGCGCUCUGCAUGCUAAGCGUGUGACUAUUAUGCAGAAGGAUAUCCAGCUUGCAAGGAGGAUUCGUGGUGCUUGGGGGGGUUUGGGAUGA